AUGGUCCCAAAAGAACGGACGAGAUAUGUCUAUGAUUCGGACCAAAGAGCUAUUCCGUAUGAUGAAUUUAUGCCUUUAAUAUUUAUUGGAGGAGUUCCUCGAAGUGGAACAACCUUGAUGCGAGCACUACUUGAUGCUCACCCGGAGAUCCGUUGUGGAGAGGAAACUCGUAUUAUUCCUAGAAUCCUCGGUAUGAGGACGCAAUGGGAACGUUCUGCGACGGAGAAAAAGAGACUUGCAGAAGCGGGAAUCACCAGUGACAUAAUGGAUUCUGCGGUUCAAAGUUUUAUCUUGGAAAUAAUUGCCAAACAUGGAACAGCCGCGAAGCAUUUGUGUAACAAAGACCCCUUUACUUUAAAAUCCACUAUAUAUCUGCAUCACAUAUUUCCUAAUGCCAAAUUCCUAUUUAUGAUCAGAGAUGGUCGAGCUGUAGUGAACUCCGUUAUUAGUCGGAAAGUCACAAUAUCAGGUUUUGACCUUAAAAACCCCAAGAAAUGCCUACAGAGAUGGAACCAGGCAGUUGACACAAUGUAUUCCCAGUGUAUACGAGUGGGGUCCAGUGUAUGUAUGCCCGUGUAUUAUGAACAAAUGGUGCUUCAUCCAGAAAUAUGGAUGCACAGAAUAUUGAAAUUUUUACAUAUACCCUGGAACGAAUCAGUGCUACAUCAUGAAGACUUUGUAGGCAAACCUGGUGGAAUUUCUUUAUCCAAAACUGAAAAGUCCACAGAUCAAGUAAUCAAACCUGUUAAUGUGCAAGCUUUAUCAAAGUGGGUAGGACAAUUUCCAGAAGACCUCGUAAAGGACAUGGCUAAUAUAGCGCCAAUGUUACGUGUGUUGGGAUAUGAUCCAAAUGCUAAUCCUCCGGAUUAUGGAACCCCAGAUCCACAAGUUAAAGAAAAUACAUUGCAUAUAAAAGCGAAUUCCAACUUUUGGAAAGCGCGUGAAAAAGACAUCUUCGAUCAAAAUCCUAUAAACCAAGCCAAAGCCAAGCCUAAACAGAAUAUUCAAAAGAAUGGUGAUAUUGUAAGUUGAAGACUAACACAGUAAUAUUUUGUUUUAGUCAAUGGUAUGUGAAAAUAUUUUAAAUUUACCAUAAAGUGGGCUUGUUUCUUCUUAUGAGUGUUAUGUUGAGGGAAUUAUGGUAUUUCUAUGUGCUAAUUCCUGUAUGCGCCUUUUAACAAACUUGGAUGGUUGACUGCUAAAGUUCAUAUUGCCUCCGUUUCUUAUAUAACGAACUGGUAGAUGUAGAUGGUU